AUGACUGUAGAGAAACGCCAUAUUGCACUUACUUUCUUUGAUAUGGGUGUUGUGAAAUUCGGGAAAUAUAAACUUAAAUCUGGUGUAAUUUCACCCAUCUAUGUGGAUCUACGAGUUCUUAUUUCAUCUCCGAAGUUUAUGGAUGAAGUAGCACAGGCUUUAAUUACUUUACUGCACGAUAAGGAAACUUACAAACCAGUAGAUCUUAUUUGUGGUGUACCGUAUUCAGCUUUGCCUAUAGCAGCAUGUAUCUCUGUUCGUGAAAAUAUUCCAAUGGUUAUGUGUCGUAAAGAAAGUAAAUCGUAUGGAACUAAACAAAUGAUUGAAGGAUUAUGGAAAAAUGGACAAAGUUGUGUCAUUAUCGAAGAUGUUGUAACAUCAGGAAGUAGUGUAUCUUCAGUGGCUAAGCUACUUCGAGAGUCUGGUAUGUGCAUUGAACAUGCAGUCAUUAUAAUUGAUCGUGAGCAAGGUGGACCUAUUUAUUUAAAAAAGGAAAAUAUCAAAGUUUCCAGUUUAUUCACCUUGACUGAAUUGUUAAGUAUAUUAUUUCAAGAAAAUUGUAUUACUUCAGAACAGUUGAAUGAAUCUAUUCAGUUUAUUCGUAGUUCUCCGGCACCUGAGGUACCUAUAGAAUUGAAAUUUCAUUCUAACCAAUUAAAUCGAUUGAAUCAGAUAAUCAAAUUGAAAGAAUCACGUCUAUGCGUAGCUGUUGAUACCUCCAGUCCAUAUGAAUUACUCAAAUUGACAGAUCAGAUUGGAUCGGAAAUUUGUGCUGUUAAAUUACACUUAGACAUUUUACAUUCUAUUGAAAAUCCUGAAAUGAUAAUUAAAGGUCUGUGUGAUUUGUCCAGCAAACAUGGUUUCCUGAUUGUUGAAGACAGAAAAUUAGCUGACAUUGGUCAAACAGUUUUCAAUCAAUUAUUACAUGGUGUUUAUAAAAUUGCUGAAUGGUGUGAUCUGGUCACAGUGCAUUGUCUACCUGGACCUGGUCUAUUUGAAGCUUUUCGUAAAGUGAAUCAAAAAUUACUUGAAAGUGAUAAAAAUCAUCAAAUAGCAGCUUUAGUUGUUGCUGAAAUGAGUUGUCAGGGUACUUUAACAACUGAAUCUUAUAUGGAUCAAUCCGUUAGUUUAAUUAAAACAAAUUCUGAUAUUAUUGGUGGUUUUGUCGCCCAACAUCCACUUCCAGGAUUGCAUAUUCAACAAUCAUCUAUUUCUUAUUGGGUUCCAGGUAUAAAGCUAGUUAACUCUAAUGAUGAUCUUGGUCAGAACUAUAACACUCCAGACCAUGUGUAUAAACGAUUUACUAAUGACCAUACUACAUCUCCUGUUAUUAUGAUUGUUGGAAGAGGGAUAACUGAAGCCCAGAAUGUCACUGAGGAAGCGAAACGUUAUCGUUUAGCAUCUAUCAACAACACAUCGACGAUAUGA